AUGGAGGGCGAGACGCAGCCGCCGCCGGACAGUAUGGAAGGCGAGGCGCGGCCGCCGCCGGCGUGUGUAUCCAAGGUGCUCGACGACGACGACCUCCUGACGGAGAUCAUCAUCCGCGUCGGCUUCCCCACCAGCCUCGUCCGCGCCGCCUGCGUCUGCAGGCGCUGGCUCAGCCACGCCUCCGACCGCGCAUUUCUCCGCCGUUUCCGGGAGCUCCACCCGCCAAGACUCCUCGGCUUCUACCUUGCACAAGGCUAUCCGUACGACGCCGCACGCUUCUUCCCGAUGCUGCCUCAGCCCCCGGAGCUCGCUGCUGUCAUCCGCCGCACAAACUUCAGCCAGAGGCCAUUCUUUUCCAAAGAAGAAGGGGGUACCAUGGUGGGCUGCUCCAACGGCCGCGUCAUCACCCGCCGCCUAAACUUCAGCGUCCUCAACAACUGCGUCCUCGCCUACGAGCUUGUAUUUGCAGUGCACAGCCCACUGUGCUAUGACUAUGACCAUGGUAUGGCCAUCCUCCCAGGAUUACAGCUCGGAAUGCCCUGUUUGUACAAUUGGGCACAACUCUUCUCCAAAGUAGAAAGGGAUGGCUCGUCCUACUUUUAUGUCACCGUGGAGGAUACCAUGGAACCUAAGAUGAAUGUGUAUAUGUGGCAAGCUGGUGAUGAUGCCUGGCACAAACAUCUCACCUUGGGGUCAGACCGUCUUUUGCAUCCACAAUCUACUCCCAAAGGCGUACUCGUUGACAACAAAAUCUAUUUUGCGGCCGGCAAUGCAAUUGUUAUCCUGGAUUUGACAUCCUCAAUCUUAUUGACAACUCAGCUCCCACACGGGGUGGAUUUUGAUCUAGGCACCACCAUGUUGUCGCGGGUCAAUGAUGGUUCUGGUCUAUAUCUCAUCCAUAUCAAGGAGCUUCAACUUCAUAUCUGGCUCCACAAUGGGGACAAUUGGUUGCUGGUGGACACCAUUUGCUUGAGCGAAACAUUUGCUGGUUUGCUUGAGGAUGAGCUUACUGUUGAUAUCCGGAUAAACCAUGUGGGGGACUAUAAUGGGUUUGUAUUCUUGGAGAUGGGUCGAUCCGUACUCUACUUGGAUGUCAACCGCAGGACGCUGUGUAAAGCGUACGAGAUGACAACAGAGGAGAAAUGUUUGGGUGAUAUCUAUCCUUUUAUGAUGACCUGGCCUCCCAUUUUCCCUACUCUCAGUCCUGCGAGGAAUGCCACGUGA